AUGGAUAAGAACACUUCUUCUUCUUCUUCUUCAGCUGCUGCUCACUUUAUCUCCUUCUCCGGCGUCUUCACCACCUUCGUCAACACCGAAUCCAUCCACCGCCGUCUCUCCGGAUCCGGCCGCAUCGACGGCCGGAGAUUAAGGUUUCGUGCAGUCCCCGACCUCCUCACCGACGACGGCGGCAACGAACGUGAUUUUGAUUUUCCAAGUAUGUUUUUUAACCUUCAAGAGUCGAUGAGAAGAGGUUCAACAGAGACAUACAAGAAGCUAUUGACUGAGGAGUUCAUCGGCGAGUGGCCGCCGGUGACCUGCGUGAUCGCCGACGGCGUCCUUGAUUUCGCCAUUGAGGUCGCCGGCGAGGUCGGGAUUCCGACGUUGGUUUUCCGGACAAGCAGUCCUUGUUGUGCCUGGACUUAUGCCACAAUCCCAAGCCUCAUCAACAAUGGAAUCAUUCCCUUUCCUGAGGAGUGUGAUAUGGAUGAGAUAGUAAAAGGAGUGGAGGGAAUGGAAGGGAUAAUGAGAAGGAGAGAUCUACCAAGCUUCAUGAGAAUGGUUAAGUCCACUGAAGACAAUCACAUCAAGCUUAUGAAUGGUUUUAACUCCAAUCUGGUUAGUGGCAAGGUUAUUAUCUUCAACUCAUUUGAUGCUCUUGAUCCCACACUACUUCCCAUUAUGAGCUCUUACUGGCCUCCUAUUUUUACUAUCGGUCCUCUUCAUCUACUCACCAAAUUCUUUAACAUAACCAAUGAAGAAGAACAAGAACAAGAACAAGAACAGCUGGGUGAAAAUUCUUGUUCAAGUAGCUUGCGGCAAGAGGACCGUACAUGUAUGACAUGGCUUGAUAAUCAACCUGAUAAAUCUGUUAUCUAUGUUAGCUUUGGCACUGUCGCCGUGAUGUCACCGGAGCAAUAUAUCGAGUUUUGGCACGGUUUGGUUAACAGUGGCCACCGUUUUCUCUGGGCAGUGCGUGAAGAUAUGGUGAAGGGAAAACAAGAAAUGGAAGUGACAAAAGAGAUGGAAGAGGAGACCAAGAAACGAGGUUGCAUGGUAGAGUGGGUGCCCCAAGAGGAGGUAUUAGCACAUCGAGCUGUUGGAUGUUUCUUGACUCAUUGCGGAUGGAACUCAACAUUGGAGGGGAUGGUUGCUGGCGUGCCCAUGAUUUGUUGGCCAUAUUUUUCUGAUCAGAUGAUCAACAGUAGGUUUGUUAGUGAUGUUUGGAGAAUUGGGUUGGACAUGAAGGAUGUUGAUAGGAAUAUUGUGGAGAGAAUGGUGAGGGAGGUUAUGGAAGGAGAGAGUGCUCUUGAAUUGAGAAGCUCUGCUGCAAGAAUGGCGGAUUUGGCGAGAAAGAGCAUCGACGAAAAUGGGACUUCUCGUGCUAAUUUUGAGAGCCUGGUUUCUUACAUCAAGUCUGCAGAGCUGCCGCGCGGUUCAUGAAAUCUUUAAUGACAUUGGUUGUUGUGUUUCGUUGAUCAUUUGCAAACAUUUCAAUAAUCAAUUUCAAACUUGCAAAACAAUUUGUCGAAGUUUGUUAUUUGAAUUCUAUUUGACUCAAUCUGAAGGUUCGCA